CUAGUUAGCCAAAGCUAUUGAGGUUAAAGAAUUAUCGAAAUCAUUUUUAGUUACAAUUAAUUAAAAUUAAAAUAUGGUUUAAGUGAUUUAUAAAUUAUAAAUGAUAUAUUACUCUAGAAAUACAUAUCUAUACGGAAAAUUUUUGCAAUAUUUUACAAAUAUUCGUGAAAUGUCGAAACAGGGAUCAAAGAAAACUGGAAAAAAUCAAAAAACUACAAUUAAUGAGGAAGUUAAAGGACCUAUAAGUAUAGAUAAAAAUGGAAAUGUUGCGAUAAAAAUACAAGCAAAACCUGGUGCGAAACAUAAUAAUAUAACAGAUAUUUCUGAAAAUGCAGUAGGCGUCGCAAUAUCCGCACCUCCAGUUGAAGGUGAAGCAAAUACGGAACUCGUGAAAUAUAUAGCGUCUGUAUUGGGAAUGAGAAAGUCCGAUGUAACGUUAGAUAGAGGGUCUAAAAGUAGACAAAAGAUUGUAGUAGUAUCUGGAAUAUCAGUGGAAAAAGUUUUGGAAAAAUUAAAGGGAGAGAUUGAAACUUGAAACUUUAUCGUCCAGCCAUGGCCGAAAUAUUGGCAAUGUUGAUGGAUAAUGUGCUCCCCUUUUCGAUGGUGCAGUUCCGGCUGGGGCACCUUCCUGUCUCAAGGGAUAAGUGGCUAAGACGAUUGGUAUUUGUAGU